AUGCCCGCUUCUCCCUUUCCGUGUUCUUCGUCUCUACGUCUGGUCCGCGUCUCCAUUUGUCUCCUGGGGUUUGUCUGGCUCCUUCUUUCUUUCUCUUCUGAGACGAGACGGCGAUCAGGCGCAGAAGCCGGUGUGGUCCGUGACCGACUCAGCUCGUCGUCUCGCCUGCCCCUGCCGUCCCUGUUUCCGGCGCGUCUCUCGCCUCUCCUUCUCCCUCGCCGCCACCGGUAUCCAGGAGGGUCGGGCCGACACGCGCAUCUUACAAAUGAGUGGAAAGCACUUACUUCCCAAAAUGAAUGGAAAGCACUUGCUUGCUACCCAGCCGUAGCAGCAGAAGCUCGCGCGGACGACCAUGAGGACGCGCGCGCGUGUUGGGGGGGUGAGGGAGGCGGUGCAUGCCGACAGGCCACACCGGCGCGUGUUUCCGCCUUAGAGAGCUUCGAGUUUGUUGCGCCGUCUUCUCCUGAGACAUUGUUUCACCAAGUUUCUGGUCCUGCAAGUCCCUACUCCCGCCUCGCCUUUGUCUCUCUUUCCGCGCCUUUUCGAAGCCUCUCGCCCUUCGCGCCGCUGCCUCAGCGCCUCUUACGUGCCGGCGUCUACGGCGCGAGGUGCGUCUCUCUGUCUUGGUUAUCGUUUUCUCCGCGAGGCUUCUCUGCCCCUGUCAGUUCCCCGUUUUUUCUGGUCUCCCUCCGUCUGUCUGACGGCCUCUCUCUUGGCUCUCCCGCCUUGCCUUCUUUUCCUUGUGGUGUUGUUUCUGUGUCCUCUCCUGAGGAUUCUCAUCUCAGAGCGUUCGCGGCGUCAGGCUCCGCAGUUGGCUCGUUGUCCGCCUCCGCAGCGGCCGCAGCGCGCGUCUCCGGCGCCUUCGCGGGCCCGGUCUCGCACGGCUAUCUCGGCUCGCGGCGCGGCGGCGCGUCGCAGCUCUUCGCGCGGAAGCCGAACCCGAAGGCGGAGAAGCGCGCGCGGAAUUUCCAGCGCGCGUUCGAGGAGCGCGAGAAGAAUGCGGCGCGGGAGGCGCGGCGGCGGCUGCUGCGCCAGCGCGAGUGGUAUCGGCAGCAGGAGGAAGACGAGCGUAGGCGCGAGGCCGAGGCGCGCAUGCAGCGCGAGAAGACGGCCAAGUCGGGGGCGGAGGCGAAGGAGGGCGAAGCGCGAGGAGGGGGGGCGGCGACGCUGUCCUCUUCAUCCUCCGCUUCCAGCCUCUCGACGGGCAGCCGCACGCUCACCGAGCUCGCCCAGCAGGCGAUGUCGGCCUCAGGCGAAGGCAUGCGCCACCGCGAGAACUGGGUGAUUGUGGGCAGCACGCAGCGGAAGGCGCGCCGCCGCGACCGCCUGCCGUACAGCCAGCGCGACUUUGUGAAGAAAGUCUUCACUCACUUGGCUGAGGAGGAGCUCGAAAAGGAGGUGCGCAAGGCAGAGAGAGCCUGGCGCGGAGACAUGCAGCUCGACGAACUCGAGGAAGAGCUGGGCGGGCCUGACGCACUGGCCCCUGGCGGCGGAACGGCUGGAGGCUUUGUGCGGUGA